AAUAUUCUCCACACUCUCGGCAGUUGGAUGCCAGCCGUGGUCGAGUCUGCCAAGUUUAUUAGAUCGCGUCGAGCGCUACGACGUCUAUAGAAGCAGAUACAUAAAUUCCUAUAAGCAAAAGUGGUUCUGAAAUACAUGAAUAAUAUAGAAAAUUACUAAUCUAUAUGCUGUGGCAAGUGUAUUACUUUACAACUUCUAGCAAGUGCAAAAUAUAGGCAAGGAAAAUACAAUACUGCAGUCGAAAGUGAUAUAAUAAUAAUUACCCAGAGGCAUAUUUUCAAAGGCGGAAUAUGAACGCUAGAUAAAAAUAGAUGAGCACGAGCACAAAGAUAGAACGCGAAAGUAGCACACGACGGCAGCGGCUGGAGGAGAUGAUGGAGCAGCCAGUGGACGCCAGGCAGCAGCAGCGCCACCGGCGACGCCUGGGACGCAGCCACAGGGAGCCCACUCCAGUCACGGGACAGGAUGACCUUCCCCAGGACGAUGCCAGUCCGGAACACCUUCCUCCCGAUCCCUCUCCUCAGAUGAUUCGCAUGCAAAUCCGACCACCCGGCACUUUGUCAGCCCACGAGAGCAAGAUCCUGCGGAAGCGGGACAAGAGCUUCGCCAGCUCCUCGGCACGCAGCCAGUCGCAGCCCCGCGAGGCGGAGAAGCUGAGCAGUCCGGAUGCCAACCACCUCAUCAAGCAUCGCAGCCUCUCCUCGCCGCGCCACAAGGAGGAGUCCAGCGAGAGCGAGCUGACCACGGGCAGUAGCAGUCAUCGUCGUCCCAUACCCGCCAAUCUCGGCCAGACACAGGACACCCUGAGCCGCCUGGAGCAGAACCUUCAGCGCUUCGAGGACGAACGGCGGCGUUUCGAGGCCGAGAAGCGUCUCUUCGAGCGCGAGAAGCGGGAGCACAAGCAGCGCCAUCGCCAGCAGCUGGACAACGAGGAAAGGAAGCGACUCCUGCAGAGCUACCGCAAGCUCAGCGAUCGCAUCCAGCUGCCGCAGGACGAGGAGGAGCGACGCCGGCUCAUCCACAGCCUGAGGCUGCAGCGGCACGAGGCGCCCAAGAACAGAAAUCGGAACAGGAGUAGCGGCUACGAGGAGUCCUCCACCCAGUUUAGUUCCUCCGAUGCCGAGGCAGUGGAGGAGAUUAACCCGAGGCACCCAAGGACAGCCAGGAUUCCACAGGGCUUUGUGGCGGCCCCAAUACGAGGGGCUCCUCCUCCUCCGCCUCCUCAAGCAGCUCUUAAACCCAAUCCGAAUCCCCCUGAAAGACUUUCCGUGAGUCGCAACAACUCCCUGUCGCCCGUGCGACCCCAACGACGUUCCAAGACCCCAGAGCAGCGGGAGCAGAUCAGCCGGAAGCACGAGUACGUGGAGGUGGGCGAGUCCAGGAGCCAGGAGGCGAUAAAACCUCGAGUCACCGAAGCGGAACAGCAGUCGGAGCUGAUGCAAAAGUACAUGGAGGCCGCGGAGAGGGCGGCCAAGGCGGAGGCUGCCCUGGCGGAGCAAAUCCUCACGGCGGAGGGAGUGCGUCGCAGUCACAGCUUGAGGUUGGCCGACAAGGAGGAGAAGCCAGCGAAGCGCAGUUCCAGUUUGGAGCGACCACUGGUGGCCAAGAGAUCGGGCAGUCUGGAGAGGAAGGCAAUCGAACUGAAAGUACCCGAAGAAACUAUCAAAAAUGAGUUAGAAAUAGAACCUGAAAAGGAAUCUAUACCAAUAGAAUCACCAUCCAUUUUACCGGAAGUUGAAGCCAUCUCAGAAUCCAAACCCAAAGCAACCCUCCUGCAACGCUUGAAAAACCUCUUCCGUCGAAAGAAGAAGGUUGAAAGUGAAGAUACCCUAGACUUACCCACUGUAAACCAACCAGAGAAGUUAACCUCCCGGGCGUUUCUGUAUCACCUCCACCUGGAGGCACGGCAUGAAUGGAAGCGCCUCAAGCUGGACUACCCACAGCGGAUGGAGGAACUGCGUCAGCUGCGCAACAAGUGCAUUGCCCACCUGAUCUGCCUGGCCAUGCUACUGGGAUUCGGAGGCCUGCUCUUCCGCUACACGGAGGGAGCCGCGGAGAACAUCUACAAGUGCGAGGUGCGCAAGGUCAAGCGGGAUUUCAUCGACAAACUGUGGGAUGUCAGCCAUAAUAUGAGAGAGGAAGACUGGAAGUCUCUGGCGCGACACAAGCUGCGCACUUUCGAGGAUGAACUCAAUAACCUGGCCGAGCUGGGACUGCGACGGUAUCCGGGCCAAAAGUCAUGGAACUUUGUCAAUUGCUUCAUCUUCUGCUGGACCGUAAUCACAACCAUAGGAUACGGCCACAUCACUCCGAAGACGGCCUGGGGCCGAUCCCUGACCAUCGUCUACGCCAUCAUCGGCAUCCCCAUGUUCCUGAUCGUCCUGGCCGAUCUGGGAAAGCUCUUCACGCGCUGCGUCAAGUUCGUGUGGGCAUAUGUGCGACGCGUUUACUACACCCGCUCCUGUCGAAGGAUCCGCAAGCAGCAGCAGAUCCGAGACGCAAUGACCGGCUUCAACACGGUCUACGACAUGGCCAUCCGUCGACCCAGCAUGUUCUUUGGCAAAUCCGCCGUGGAAAACGAUGAGGAGUCGCAGGCGGAUGCCGAGGCGGCCAGAUCGCUGGGCACCUCGCACCCGGAGACGCCCACAUCGCCGUAUCCGGAGACCUUUGAGGUGGACGACGAGUUCAAUCUGCCCGUUUCGGUGGCCUCGCUCCUGCUCAUCUCCUACAUCCUGCUGGGCACCUUCGGCUUCAAGCUGGUGGAGCCCGACUGGGAGGUCCUGGACUCCUUCUACUACGUCUUCAUCUCGAUGUCCACCAUCGGCUUCGGCGACAUGGUGCCUGGCAAUCCCUUCUACGUGAUGGCCAGCAUGAUCUACCUGAUCUUCGGCCUGGCCCUGACCUCCAUGUUCAUCAAUGUGGUGCAGAUCAAGCUGAGCGACCACUUCAAGACGGCCAGUGCCAAGGUGGGGGCCACCAUCGGCAUGAAUAUGGCCAGUGAGUUUGGCGACGAGGGCGGCUCGCAGCUGAAGACGCCCUCGGAGUUGGCCUCCGUUCAUGGCUCGCGGCUGGACAGGAUCGAGGAGGACCAGGGCCAGGAGGGCAGCCUGCCACCGCUGACCUCCAUCCUGCGGGCACCGCGUCCCCUGUCGCCGGUGGACAGCAAUGGAGGCAGUUAUGGAGGGGAUGGCAAUGUGAGUCCACCACCCCUGCUGCCCAGACGCCAGGUUUCCGUGGAUACCCAGCCGCCGGCGGAGGUGGAGGGCAAGAAGAAGAAAAAGCACAGGUUUUUCUAGAAUCCUUCGAUAGGGAAGAGCCCCCGAAAAAAACCUAAAACUGACAACGCUAACUAGUAAGGCACCUCAUAAAUGACAAGGCACUUUCAAUUCGAAUUUACCAGAACGCCGUUCUGUGAGAAAAUCUAUUUUCAUUUAUUUGUUAUUUAAUUUUACUUAUCAUUAUCGUAGGCUAAGACUAAUGUUAAUGAAAUAAAACACGCGAGUUGACAAACGCUA